AUGUCUUCAAACAAAAGUUCAAACGAUGUGAGCCAACUAGAUGUAGAAGCUAAAAAUCAAGAAAACAGCGAAACCUUAAUAGCAAUUCCAGUAUCACGCUUCCUUCCAUUGUUUAGCGAAAUCACACAAAUUUUUGAUAAUAUUGCUGAAUUAUAUCAAAAUGCACAAAAUAAUAAAUUUCUAUGCGGUACAAUAUUUGAUAAAACAUCGGCGGUUGAUGUGACAAUUCAUUUAUUAAAAUUUCAGAGGGAUAGUCAUAAAAGGUUUUUUAAUCAAAAGAAUUAUGUAGUUAUGCAAAAUUUUUUGCUUAAUAUUCAAAAGCUAAAAAAGUUUGUAAAUGAUGUUAUGAAAUCGUUGAAUAUGCAGGCGAAUUUGAUUGAUAAAACUUUUCGUAGCCUAAUUGAUGAAUUUGACAAUUAUGUGAGCGAGCUAGGUUUACUUAAUAUACCAAAUCAAAUUCCGAAAAAUGAAGACCCAUUUAAAUUUGAAAUUAUACAAAAAAAAAAUGUUCAAAAAUUUGAUAAUGAUGGUAACAAAACGAAUUUAGACGAAGAUAAUACAAUUACUGCGCAAAUUACGAUCCCGUUCCCAAAAUUCGUAUCAGUCAUGCACGAAAUAAUGAAUGUUAUUGAAGAUAUAAUAACUAUACACCAAUCAGCAGAGCAUAAUAAACUCAUUAGUAGUGCAUUGGUUGAUAAAACUGUGUCAAUCGAAACGACAUUUCCUAAUUUACAGAAAAUACAAAAAUAUAUAAGUGAAGUUACCCAAUUAAAAGGAUUGGAGAAAUAUAUUCACGCAAAAUCUAUACAAACGACGUUUUAUGAAUUAACAACAGAAUUUGAUAACUAUGUUAAUAAAUUGAAAUUUGCAAUCACUGUUGAUCCGAAGGUUCGUGCAGAAAGAGAAAAGGCGAUGAUACGUGAUGAUAUCGAAGAACUUUAUCAGAAACCGACGAACUGCGUGGAAAAAUACCUUCGCUUAAUCGAUGAUGAAGCUGUCGCUUUUAAACUCGUAGCUGAUGAAUUAGAUACUGCAGAUGUUAAGAAUGAUAUACGUAGUCAUGUCGCUAUUCUUAUGAAACUUAGGGAUUGCCAUCAAAUAAUUCGUUUCUAUGCCGAACAAAAAAUUCCAUAUAAAAACCUUGAUGACAUUAUGGAGAUUAAAAACCGUGUAUAUAAGGAGAAAUAUAGAGAACCAUUUACAAACUAUUCUAAUUUGCCGAAAGAAUAUAGGGAAAUCACGAUGAAGGCUAUUGGUGCAGAUCCCGAUUUUAGACCAACUAUAACAGAAAUGUUUAAAACACUUGAAAAACUUCAGGUUAAACUUCUUGCACUUAAACUUUCGACACCUAUUAUGAAUAUUCCUAGUGAUGCUUCCAGUGUAACUAAGGAUAAAGAAAUUUCACGCAUGCCGCUUACUCCUGAUGAUGAUGAUAAUAUUAAAAUUUCGGAAGUUAUUAGCUUUGCUGAAUUUAAUUAUAUGUCAAUGAGAGAAGCCACAUUAGUUCAUCGUGUUAGUAACGGAAACUUAGAAAUGGCUUUCAAAUGUUUUAAGGCCUAUGCACAAGCAGGAAAUUUAAAAGCAAAAUACUUUCUUGCAUAUUACCUUUAUAAGAAGCUAAUAAAUACUCCUUAUUCUGACAAAGAGAGAGAGAAACGUGCUGCUGAACUAUUUAAAGAGGUUGCUGAUUCAGGUGAUGAGGUUCCUGAUGCCCAACUAAAAUAUGGAUUAUGUUUAUUUCUGGGAACAGGCGUUGAUAGAAAUUUUUCUGAAGCUACGAAAUAUUUUCAAAAAGCUGCUGAUAACGGACUUGCUGUUGGCAUGUAUAAUGCUGGAAAUAUAUUUUAUACUGGCCUUACUGGUGUUAAAGAAGAAUUGGGUAUAAAAUAUAUUAGAGAGGCUGCUCAACAUAAUCAUUUGGAAGCUAUGGAAUUUUGUAAAAAGAAUAAUAUUUCUAUCUUUUAG